UUAUUUCGCCGUGGCCUUUGCGGCAGUGACCUAUCGGAACGCAGCUUUUGAUGACGUAUGCACAAACGCAUGGCAAAAUCAUACGAAGAAGAAAGGUUUUCUCAUGCAGCAUGUCCGAAACGAUGGAGACACAACAAGUAUCCGAUAUGGCAACCGUCUCUAUUCAGGCUCCUGCGUUGCCAGAACCCGCGCUGAAACCCCUGGUGAACGGGGGGACGGAAGAGGGGGGUGCUGAGGGACACACCGAAAAGAAAGCUAAGCUGGAGGAUAUGACGUCCAAAGAUUACUACUUUGACUCCUAUGCUCACUUCGGAAUUCACGAGGAAAUGCUAAAAGACGAGGUGCGAACGUUGACCUACCGUAACGCCAUGUGGCACAACAAGCACCUAUUCAAGGGCAAGACGGUCCUUGACGUGGGUUGCGGUACGGGGAUCCUGUGCAUGUUUGCCGCCAAGGCAGGGGCGGCUCAAGUCAUAGGGAUUGAGUGCUCCAACAUCAUUGACCACGCAGAGAAGAUCGUCAAAGCCAAUAAGAUGGACGAUGUGAUCACGUUAAUCAAAGGCAAAGUGGAGGAGGUUACCCUGCCUGUCGAGAAGGUGGACAUCAUCAUCAGCGAGUGGAUGGGCUACUGCCUGUUCUACGAGUCGAUGCUCAACACAGUACUGUACGCAAGGGACAAAUGGCUGAGCAGGGGAGGGUUAAUAUUCCCAGACAGGGCAACUCUACACAUCACAGCUAUCGAGGACAGACAGUACAAGGACGAAAAGAUCAAUUGGUGGGACAAUGUGUACGGUUUUGACAUGAGCUGUAUCAGGGAAAUUGCAAUCAGCGAACCACUUGUUGAUGUGGUGGAUCCCAAGCAGAGGGUGACCAACACCUUCCUCAUAAAGGAAAUUGACAUGUACACAGUGACCAUUGAUGAUCUGACGUUCACCUCCAAUUUCUGCCUGGCCGUCCAGCGCAACGAUUACAUCCAAGCUCUGGUCACCUACUUCAACAUCGACUUCAGCAUGUGCCAUAAACGAAUCGGCUUCUCAACCUCACCGGAUGCCCCUUACACCCACUGGAAACAGACGGUCUUCUACAUCGACGAUUACAUCACUGUGAAGCGGGGAGAGGCAAUCAACGGUGUCCUGUCCAUGAAGCCCAACGUGAAAAACAACCGAGACUUGGACUUCACAGUAGAGCUGGAGUUUGAAGGGGAGCUCUCACAGAUGAAACAGACACUUCAGUACCACAUGCGGUAGGACCGCCGUCACGAUUGUGGGAGGGGCGGGGCACUUGUAAUGUUAUCUGUGUGGGGGGGGGGGCUCAGCUCAGGUGUAGUUUUUAUAGGGACAGUCUGUUGCCUUUCAGUUGUGUCACGUCUCCGCGUUUGCCGCUUUGUGUCCUAAACUUUUAACAAGACCCACAGAGACUAUAGCUUAAACAUUAACCCAAGUCCUGUCGGUGUUUUUGGUAGGAACCUUUUCU